UGUACAAACCGUUCAACUAAAAUAAUCUAAUGAUAUAAGUGCUUAUUCUAUACUUUUUCAGAGUCUUGCGUAAACUUACUAAAUUAGAUUUUCAGUAUCUCAUUCCAUUAAAUUAAAAAUUAUCAUUUCCUUGGUGCCUCAUCUCGUCUUAUUAAGUAUAUUGAUAUGUUAACCAAUUCGUAUGCCAAAUUGCUAAAUUAAUGGCACCAUUGACACCAUUUAUUGCUGAACAUAUGUAUUAAAGGUCAAGAAAAUUAAUGCCACAAUCAUUAUUAUCUUCUGAACAAGAAUUAAGUGUUUACUUUCAAAUGAUUCUAAAAUCAUGGUUUGUUAUUUUCUUUUUUCAAUGUUGAAGAAAAUACAGAACAAAAUUUUCUUUAGUCAUUCAUGGGUGAAUAAACCUAUUCAACAUGCUGUAACCGCUGUACAUACAGUAAUUAGAUUAGACCAAGCUGUACGAAAAGAAAAAGCUGUUUCAAUGAGAGUAGAUUUAAUUGAAGUAUUUACGUAUAAAUAUUAAGCAUGGAAUUAUUUUUUUAAUAUCUAUUACUAGAAUUUAUUGUCGUACAUAAAGAUCCAUCCAUAUUAACAGAUGUUGCAUCAUUAAAAGAUUUUGUUCGAGAAAAUUUAAAGACAUGUAAAGUAACAUUAUCUCAAGAUCCUGAACUUUAUGAUGUUGAAAUGUGUGCUGAACCAAGUUAUCCAAUAUUAGGCAAAAAGGCUGUUGUAAUAAUUGAAUCUGAAGAUGUGCAUAUUAUUUAUCGUGUAGCGAUCCAAACACGAUUUGAAAUUACUGUUGAACAACGACUUGAGUAUCUUGCAAACUUUUGUACUGAAGAAUUGCAUAAUAUCGAAAGAGAAUUUCCAAAUGAUUAUAUAAAAUUAAAUGUUCGACAAAAUCAAUUUUAUGCACCACAAUAUUUAAAAAAUGAAAUUCAAAAUACUAUAAUAAAUUUAUUAUCUAAUUUACAAACAACUACGUUCAAAAGUAUAGAAUUAUAUUAUGAUAUUGCUGAUAAAUUAUAUUUAAAUAUAAAAAAUAUUGCUCAACAAAAUCGUUGUUAUUGUGAAUUAAAAUUAAAAAAAAAUUAA